GACCAUUCGAACAUGGAAUUGAUGCUGGAGGUCUCAAAUGUGAAUAUUUUGGUGACAUGUUGCGAGAUAUUAACUCAUCAUUGUUCGAAGGAAAGGAAGAUAGAAGAGUACCAAUCCACAGUUGGGAAAAGGCUAAUUUGAUGCAGUUGGCUGGUAUAAUGAUUGCACAUUGCAUUCUACAUUCUGGCAUUACAUUUCCUGUGCUUGCACCUUAUGUCUACCAUUACGUUGCCACUGGGGAAAAAGAGCUCUCAGCUGGUUUUUUGGAUGUAGACGAUAUCCCAAAACGCCUGCUAAUCUGACAUUGCAUGGUUUAAUUCAAGAUGUAAGUGUUCUUAUCCAACAGAACUACAUAUACAACUCAUUUUCUCCUAUCUCAAAGUUUACAGUAUAUAUACAUUAUGAUAUUGUCACUUGCCCAAUUAUUCUGGAAAUUGCUACACAGAAUACCUGAUAAAACUGCCAGGACUACAAUACUCAAUAUUAAAAUAUAAAGUAUGGUAUGUUUAGCUUAUAAUGUCAGUUCCCACUGGUGAAACAUUUUGGAUAGUGUCUUUAAGACAUACAUUUUUUAUGCGAAUUAUACCAAUAAAACUGUCCCCCCCCCCCAUAAUCUAAAUUCUUUUUCCAUUCUUUCUUAAAAAUUCAACCCAGCUGUGUCAUGCAUCAGAUGAUGAGAGUAUUCUUCAAAUAUUGGAUAACCCCUCGUAUGGUGUAUUGGUUGAUCAAUCAGGAUGGCCUGUUGAAAAACUAAUUACACAGAAGACAAAACAAGAGUUUAUCACCCAAUUACUGGCCGAGGAGCUCAUCACCAAACGCACUGUUGCGCUAAAUAGAUUCAGAGAGGGGUUAAAUCACUUUGGCUUACUUGAUAUGAUGGGCAGUACUGACGUGGGUAGAGAUUUGUUUGACACUCCUAACUCCAAGACCACUCUUACUGCUGAAAAGUUGCUUUCGUGUUUUGAAAAGAUUACAACAUCUGCACCUGCACAAUUGUUGGCAUACAAUAAUUUAAAGAAGUUCAUUGCAGUUAAUGAGAGUGUCAAAGGCUAG